AGUAGAGAAAUUUGACACUACAAAUCAUCUACACACAAUUGUUUUCCUUUUCCCUGUAAACUUGAAAAUCUCAGGCAGGCAAUGCCGUGAAUUAGUUCCAGACUAUGUGUAAUUUGUGGUAAUUAUAGGUUAAUUUGAGUGUGUGCGCGUUCUGAAAUGAUAAGCUUCAAAGAUUGGUGAUUUGCGGAACUUAAACAUCGCAACAGCCCUAAAAUGGAAGCUGUCAAGCAGUUCAAUUCGGAGCUACAAUCUCUCUAUGAGACGAAGCCUCCGAUCUCUAAGGCGAAGAUGACCUCAAUCACAAAGACGGCCAUUAAAGCAAUAAAAUUUUACAAACAUGUGGUGCAGAGUGUUGAAAAAUUUAUCCAGAGGUGCAAACCAGAGUACAAAGUUCCUGGACUUUAUGUCAUUGAUUCAAUUGUGAGGCAGUCAAGACAUCAGUUUGGUUCGGAGAAGGAUGUGUUUGCACCACGAUUUGCCAGGAACAUUGUGCAAACUUUCGUCCAUUUAUUCAACUGCCCUGUUGAAGAUAAAAGCAAAGUUAUCCGAGUAUUGAAUUUGUGGCAAAAGAAUGCUGUUUUCGGGCCAGAUGUCAUUCAGCCACUCUUUGAUCUAGCUGACCCAAACCAUCCGAUGCACAAAGAACAAGCCGCAGCUGCUGCAAGCAAUGGUGUAACUGCAUCUUUAAAGACUCCACCCUCUGCAUCCAAAUCAGGGAGUCAAAACAAACCAUCACCUAUAAAAAAUGACACAAGUUUGUGGGUGCACGAAACGACUAAUACACUUUCCAAACAGAUUCAAUUUGACAAAAAACUUUUAGAUUUCGACUAUGGAGAAGAAGAAGAUGAUGGAGGAAAUACAUCGAGUAAUCAACAAUCGGCAGCACCGGGGGCAGUCGUUGAUUCAUUGGGCAGCAUUUUAUCAAAUCCUGAAGUUCUACGUCAACUCCAAAAUUUGCAAGCUCAUCUCUCGCAAGCUCAGUUACAGAAAGAUCAAGUUGAUGUUGAAGAAAAAAUGCGAAGGCUGCAAGAAAUGAAACAACAAGAAGAAGAGUUUGACCGACACCUUGCUCAGACAGUGCCGGGAAAUUUUUCUGAUUCUUUACAGAAAUUGCCUUUCGCAGCCGAGUGUGAUUUCAAACCAGGCGCUGGAGAAGCAGCAACAGCUGCCAUGCAACAGCUGUUACUACAACAGCAGCAACAGCAAGCCGCUAUGUCAGCUUUUCUGGAUGGUCAGUCAAGUGCGACUGUUGCCAACGACCAGAACGAUCGAGAUGAAAGAAGAAUAUUCCAAAACCCUGUUGAAAUAAUUGACUUAGAAAAAAGUGAAUCUCCUCAUGAGUCUCACGAUAGUCGAUCGCGGCGACGAAGACGAAGCAGGAGCAGAUCUCGGAACCGUAGCGGUGCCCGAAGUCGGUCCCGAUCUCAUUCUAGAUCAAAACGGCGGCGGUCCAGGUCUCACGACAGAGACCGAGAUUGGCGAGAAGAUAAAGAAUAUGACAGGGAAAAGGAACGAGAAAGGAAGAAAAAAGGCCUUCCUUCAAUCAGGAAAAAUCAUUUGUCAGUAUGCAGUACCACCCUAUGGAUAGGUCAUCUUUCAAAAUUGGUGCAGCAAGAAGACCUAUCAGACACUUUCGGAGAGUUUGGUGACAUCGUUUCAAUCGACCUCAUUCCUCCAAGAGGCUGUGCUUUUAUUUGUAUGAAUCGACGGCAAGAUGCAAACAAAGCUCUAAUCGAGUUGAAGUAUCAUAAACUUCAUGGAAAAACAAUAACCUUGGCUUGGGCUCCCGGAAAGGGAAUGAAAGGCAAAGAGUGGAAGGAUUUCUGGGAGGUAGAGCUAGGAGUGUCUUACAUCCCGUGGAAUAAGUUGUCAGCGGAUACUGAUUUCGAGCUGCUAGAAGAAGGAGGCAUGUUUGAUGAAGAGACCAUGCCCCUGUGGAUGAAAGAUAAAUUAGCUGAGCUGAACGAAGCCAAAAAGAAAGAAAAAAAUCAAAACGGUCAGAAAGGUACAAUUCUAGAUCAUCUUUCGCAAGAAGCGUCAAUGGAAGACAUGAUGAAUGUCACACCUUCAGAAAUCCCGAUUCCAGGUCCUACCCACCCAGGCUUCAUCCCUUUACCGGAAGCGUUGCCUCCUACCUCAAACAUUGGAGACAUAAAACCACCCAUGUCCGUUGGACUCCAGAUGCCACCUGGUCCAGUUGUGUCACAGUCAGAAAGCGGCAUUCAACAGAUUCCCACGCACAUGACUCCGAUGGGUAUCAUGUCACCUUUUGGCAUGCCUCGACUUCUAGGUAUGAUGGGACCCGGCAUGCUGGGUAAUGUUCCCUUGGGAGUUCCUCCUCCUGGUAUCUUGGGGUCACCUAUGAUGCUCAAUAGAAUGCCACAACCUGUUGGUACUUCUUUCAACCCACAAACUGGUGUCUUGUCUCAAAUACCAUUACCAUCCGCUGCAGAUAAGCAGAAAGCAUCCCUAGCUCCACCGGGUGGAACUGAUGGAUUUGGCGAUGGACUGUUACAACUGCCUUUCGGAUUGCCGCCACAUUUACGAAUGCAACAAGGCUCCAUGGAUUCCUCCCUGUUAGGGCCUCCAAUUUCAGGGUCCAUGGAGAUUAAGGUUGAUAAACCUGAAGAGAAGCCUAACUCCGAACAAAAUAAGCCACUCUUGCACAAUUUCGAUAUCCCUCCUCCGAAUAUGGGAGGAUUAUUCUCAACGGACUUAUCAGUGCCUCCUCCUCUGGUAAAUAAUCUAAUGCCAAGUGGAGAUAGUGACCAGAGGAUUCCAUCUGAUGGUGGAGAGUUUGAAAACAAAGACAAAGAUAACCGCAAGCAAGAUAAAGAAAAGGAUGACGGGAAAGACGGCGACCGACGGAAAGACAGAGACCACCGCAACUCGAGCCGUGACAAGGAAAACAAGGACAAGGACUACAGAGAUAGGAGGGAAAGAGAUUACCGCAGUAGAGAUCGUGACUACCGGGAAAAAGAUCGAGAGUACCGAGGCCGUGACAGAGAUCGGGAGCAUGAUCGCGAUCGAGAUCGUGAUUUCCGCUUCAGGGACGGCAGAAAUGAUCGUGGCAUCGAUCGAGAUACAAGAGACCGAGACAGCCGUGAUAAUCGAGAUAGCCGAAACAGCCGUGAUAGGUAUAAUAAACGAGAUCGUGAUGAUGAUAGACGUCCAAGAAGUAGAGACCGAAGAGACAAACCAAGCCGAUGGUCCAAAGAUGAUGAAAGGCAUAGCAACCGGCGAGAACCGGAUCCAGGCAAUGAGAAUGAUAGAAGCCUUGGGAAUCCUGAAGUAAUGCCCAUCGGUGAAAGAGAUAAUAGUGCCAGACGUGACAAGAGUCCAAGCCAUGAAGGUACAAACCUUAUGACUCCUGGAGUGUCAGAGGACAGUGAUGAGCGCGAUCUUCGUGGUCACCCGCCAGGAGGACCACCUGGAAACAUACCCAUCAGCCAUUCACUCGGAGGACCGCCCCCCAAUGGUGGUCCACCUUCCAGGCAUCCACUGCUUGGAUUACCAAGUGGUCCAGAAAUAUUCGGUCUUCACGGACCCGGACCUGAGGGCUUAAACUUCCGCCCACCUCACUCCAAUGACAAAUUCGAUUGUCCACCUCUGGACGCUCUACCGCCAGAUUUCUGCCCUCCUCUCAAAGACUUUGAGGAAUUUGAUCCACGGGACGCCGAUUUCCCUAUGAGAGAUCGCCCUGGCUUCGACCCACAGAGGCAUCCACCUGGCAGAGGUCCAUUUGAAGGUCCUAUUGAUGAUUUUGGUCAAGCAGGCAUGUUCGAGCCCCGAACUCGGCCUGACUUCUUCCCGCCGCAUGGUAUGAGAGGUCCACGACCUCGUGGCAUGCCACCCUUGUUAAGUGGUCCUCCAGGUUUAAUGGGUCUAAUGUUUCCUCCCCGAGGCCCCAUGGGAAUGCGAGGAGCUCCAAGACCUGGUAUCUGGCUUGAUCCGAUUGGAGGUCUGAAUGGUCCGCCACCGAGAGGUCCAAACCCUGAAGAUUUGUUCCGAGGACCAGCCUUUGAAGACUCUCCAUUUGGUAGUCAUGCCCGAGGGAACCAGUGGCGACCUCGUGAUGACGAUCGUCGGAGAGGCCGUGAUGAAGAACGUUUUGGUGACGGCCGCAGAGAGAAUAAAGACACAGGUAGGCAAGGAAGAACAGAGGAGGAAAACACCCUCAACCAACUUCGAGGGAGAUCAAGCGAACCGGUGAGUGAACCCUCCGCAAAGGAGGAUCUGCCCAAAGUUGAACGGCAGUUAGAGACGGUUAUGUCAGCAAGUGAGCAACAGCCAGUGAGUGAGUCAGAACAAAUGAGUGAGUCCCAGUUAGUAAAUGAGGUACAGCCCCCAAGUGAAUCACAGUCAGUCAGUGAGUCACAGCAAACAAGUGAGUCCGCAGCCUCUGCAGAAUGUCAAGAGUUGGCUGGGGAGUCUACCUUGGUAAAUGAGCCAAUCAAAUCAAAUGAACCAAUUCAGUUGACAGAGCAAAAUCAAUCACCAAAUCAGUCAACUGAACAAGAACUGCCUAUUUUUGAACCGCCCGUUAGUAUAGCAAAUAUAUCUGCAGAACUUAGUAAAACGCCUUGUAUGAUUACUAACACUGUCAAUCUAAGGGAAGCAAAUACUAGUGCACCUGAAGUAGCUAGUGAGAUUAGUAGUAAUGUUGAAAAUAAUAAUCAAGAGAUUGAGUCUUUCAACAGUUUAGAAAUUAAUCAGGCUAAUAAUGAAGAAAUGAAUAAACCGUGUGUGACAAGUGAAAUACCUACAGAAUUUGAGCUUGAUUCGAUGCCUGUUAAAGAAAUGUCUGUAAAGAACGUUAUUGAAAAGGAUAGCAGUGAAUAUAUAGACCUUCCUCAAGCAACAGGACUAGUGACACAAGUGUCAGAAAACAGUGUGGAAGGAACUGAAAAUGAAAAUUCUGAAACAACCUAGUCUGUUUUUUGUUGCAACUUACUUUGCUUCUAAUAGAGUAACUUGGCUGCUCUAAAGCCAGUUAAUCCUGAAGGUGGUAAUGAUUUUCAUCACCAUCAUUUUAAUAAUUAUUUAUUUAUUUUUUUUCAAUUGACCUCAAUUUUAGUUUUGAAAUUUGGUAUAAUAGUCUACGGACUGAAGUACAGUGUAUAUAUGACUGUAAUCAAAUUUGUUUUGCCGAAAUUCUUGAGGAGAAUAUGGUUUCUUAGAAAUCGAUUGUUACAUGGAUAAGUAUUUUUUCGGUUAUUAUAAGGGUCACCCAGACAGUAAGGUCUCCCUUUAAAGUUUGUUAAUGCCAGGAAAAUCCAAUCACACCAUUGGAUUCAGGCUCAAUUAAAGUUCUCAUUUUUGUAAUUGAACCAUGGGAAAGAGUGCAGUUUUUCUGCGCUGCUGUUUAAAAUAGAAGAAAUUAUGAAGGGAAACGAUGUUGACUAAAGUCCAUGAUUAAGAGAGACCCUCGGUGGAUUUUGGAAGAACAUUGAUGAAAAGGUGACAAACUUGGUGAAGAAUUGAUUUAUAACCAACCUGCUGAGUUCUUUGAUGAAGUGAUUCACCAGCUUGUGCCAAGGUUUCAAAAAUGCAUGGAUCUCAGCGACGUUGGUUACGUUGAAAAGUAAAUUUAAAAGGUAAUAUUAACAAAGUUUCUUAUUUUCCUUGCAAUAAACGAUUACAUAUGUGCAAUACUUUUUCAAAGCAGUUUUGAGGGGUCCAAAUCCGGCGGUGAGAGUGAUGACAGUGGAAGAGGAGGGGGCGGACAAACUGCUCUCCUUGACAUUCCUAUGGUUCAAUUUUAAUAAAUGAGAACUUAAAUUAAAGCGGGGAGUAUACUAAAUUCAAUGGCGUAUUCGGUUUUCUCUAGCACAAACAGUUUGCAAAAAAAUCUACAGAUCUUACUCCCUGGAUGAUCCUUGUAGUUGUCUAGCCCUAUUUUUUUUUUCUUUUUAUCUUUCUCCUGGGUUUUCCUCUCUUAAGGUGAUUCUAUGUUAUCUAGGGACUAGAUUAGCCACUAUGCUGCGCUGCUAUGCGGUUUGUGUCUUUGAGAAGCAAUAAUUAUUUUUACGUACAAGAUAAAGCAAGAAACUGAUCCAUAACGUGUAGCAGCAUCAAUACUGAGUAGCAUGACAUCAAAUUUGUUAAGAUUCAUUGUAAAUUUGUAUUUGAAACUCCGAUAACGGACGUCGCCCAAUUGACUCAAUGUGUAAGAGAGAAAUAGCGCUAUAAUGACUCCCUCUUACACGUUGAGUCAAUGGGCAACAUCUGUUAUCGUAGUUUCAAAUAUAAAUUUUCAAUUAAUCUUCACAAAUUUGAGGUCAUUCUACUCAGUAUUCAUGCUGCUAUAUGCUAUGGAUCAGUUUCCUGCAUUAUCUUGUACAUUACAAUAAUUAUUGCUUCUCAAAAACUUAAACCGUGAGGCAGUGCAGCAUGGUGGUGAAUCUCUGCCAUAGAUCACCUAGAAUCGCCUUACAGAUUUACAAUGUCUAUCUCUGUUUAAUGAGAACACCAUUUAACCACGAAUUACUUCAAAAUUAGGUAUGUUUUAUUACCUUUAGCAAAUGAAAAAAGUGAAACAAAGUUCGAAGAUUUUUACUGUUCAUAAAAAUGCACGCAAUAAACUUAAUUUCACAUCUGUUUGAGCUAAUGGGUGCAACCUUUGAUAGAACAAUCUAACAUUUUAAUGUCAUUAAACCUUUCUUAAUAUUCUUUUAUUUUUGUAAUCACAGAAAUUUUAUCCUGUCUUUAUCUCAAUAGAAAUUAAGCCUUCAUCAAAGUCAUUGUGAGUUUUGAAGCGAUUAGAACUUCAAAACUAAAUUAACGCAUUGCUAUGCUAGUAUUAAUCUCUUUACUCAUAGUCUCGUGCGUGAUCUUAGAAUGCCAAUAAUCAGUUUUCAAGCAAAGAUACCUCGUUUUUCGGACACGGCAAUCUUACGGUGGUUUUUGCUGUUGUGAGGAAAAUCAUUGUUGUCAAGGUAUUUUGACUCCCAGUUGAUAGACAAGUACAUGAGUGCAUACAUUUGCUUUCACAGCGCUCUCUGGCGCUCUAACACUUGGCUGCCAAAGUCGUCCAUCAUCCCAAAAACAAGUGCAUGAGUGAAAGUCUAAUUCUGAGGAUCCAGGAAGUAAAGUCGCCUUGGUUUUCAGAACACGAAAAAUUGGUCUAACUAUUAGGUUAGCCUGUUGUUACAGUGCUAACCAUGAUAGAAUUUUAAUCCUCAAUUUACAAAAUUCCCAAAAAUUUUUCAAGGAUGUUUUUCAAGGAAGUGAUAAACCUUCUGGUAGGCUUGUUGACCUUCUCUUUCAUACUGGUAGGCUUUUCUCUGAUUGUGGGUUUCAGGAGAAUGUAACUGGAAAUCAUUCAACAGUGCCUCCCAGCGAAUUGAAUUUGGGAACCCAUUUUAUCCUUAAUAUUCUUUCAUAUUGCUUAAUGCUUUGUACAUUAAAAUAACCAAAGUUGACCGAAGAUUCUAGUAGGUAGUCCUCCCAUCACUGUCGUCAAAAAUUAUUGGAGUCAGUCCUUCUAAGCGUACAUUUUAUUUAAAUGAAUUUCUAUAAAUUAACCCAUAUCCAGUAGUUUACUUAAAUGAUAGAUUUGCAAUGUCUUUUUUUGUCACAUGGAUUGAUUCUCUCUAUUUAUGAGCAAACUGAUUGACAGCUGGGUUAGCUUUUCUUCCAUUUUAAAUUUUUAUUGCAGUAGCAAAUAAUGUGAAUUGAACCUGAUUCUCUUUAUGUUUCCUCAUUCUUUCUUUCUUUUUUCCCCGCCUCUGUAUUUGUUAUUAAGACCUUGUUCUAAGUACCCCAAAUUAAACGUGAUACUUUCUGCCCAUUUUUUUUUCUUCUUUUUUUUUGUGGAACAAAUGAGAUGAAUAGCUGGCUCUCUCACAUUAUUUUUUAACCAGCUUGUGUUUCAUUGUUUCUACUUAUGAAUAUAUUAUGGUCCAGUUUCCAGCUUAAUUAUUUGUUGUGAGGAUUAUAUGUGUUUAAAAUCUUUCAUCCUAUGAUUUGAAAAAUUAGUCGGAAUUCUUGUGAACAAUUAAGCAGAGAUAGACAAAGGAACAUGAGAAGUAGUUAGGAAAAUUGUGCUAACUGCAUUCUAAGGUAUUUUUCCUGUAACUUGCUUAACAUGAGAGCCAAGUCACAAAGUACCUGUGGUAUUAGCAUAGUCCUAGAUCUAAGACAUCAUUUUUUGUCCCUGAACUUUGUAAUGUUUCCUCUCUCUAUCAUUGGUUUUAUCUACUCAGAAUCAAAUUGUUAAUCACGUGUAAUUUAUUUGUUGGAAUUUUAUACAAUUUUAAAAUGGAAAUUUUUACGAAACUUU